AUGACCACGCUGGUUUUGGGCGGCACCGGGUUCAUCGGGAGGCGCGCCGUGCGCCGGCUGGCCGAGCGCGGCGAACGAGUGGCGGUGAUGGACAUCAAUCCCAACGCGGUUUCCUUCGCUGAGUUCGGCGAUCUGGUAACCGUGAUGCGGGGCGACAUCAUCGAGUUCGAGGACGUGGUCAAGGCGGUGCUGGCCUCCAGGCCCGACCGCAUCAUGAACCUUGCUUACCUGCUCGGCAGCGGCGACGACACGCCCCACUUCACCAUGAAGCUGAACGUGCUGGGCAUGGAUAACUGCUUCGAGGCGGCCCGGAUCUGCGGCGUAGACCGCGUGGUCUACGCCAGUUCGGUGGCGGUCAGCGGUCAGCAGAGCGCCUUCGGCGACAGGAUGGUUGACGAGGACGACGCGAUGCAUGGCACCAGCCAGUACGCCAUGCACAAGCGGUUCAACGAGUUCCAGGCACAGCAGUUCAACAGCGUUUAUGGAAUGAACAUCACCGGCAUCCGCCCGGCCAACGUCACCGGCCCCGACAAGGUGCGCGGCUCCACUGAUCACGUGAUGUGCAUCACCCUGCCCGCGUCAGGCGAGCCGGUGAGCUUCCCCAAGAGCGGUUUCAUGCGCCUCCCGGUCCACGUUGAGGAUGUUGCCGAGGCCUUCGUGAGGGUGACCUUGUCCGACAGUCCUCACCACUCGGUGUACAACACCGGGGGCAUCCCCAUCAGCCUGGGGGACCUGGCCGAGAUGGUGCGAGGCUUUCUCCCCGACGCCGACAUUUCCUUCGACUCCGACGGCGGGAAAGAGGACUCGGGCAACUACCUGGUGGACAACAGCCGGCUGCUGGGCGAGUUCGAGCUGGAAUACCCGCCGCUGCAGUCGCGGGUGCGCGACAUCAUCAACGACGUCCGCCGCGACAAUGGUUUGCCGCCGGUUUAG